AUGCUUUCCAGGACUCUCCGCGCUGCCUCGCGCUCCGUCCUCUCGACGCCCAUCCGGCCGACCACCAUCGCCCCUCGCCAGCUCGCCCCUGCCGUCUCCGUCAACGCGACGAGAGCCUACCACGAAAAGGUCCUCGACCACUACUCAAGGCCACGCAACGUCGGCACCCUGAAAGGUGACGAUGUCGGAUCCGGUCUUGUCGGUGCCCCGGCCUGCGGCGAUGUCAUGAAGAUCAACAUCCGCGUCGACCCCAACACCAACACCAUCUCCGACGUCAAGUUCAAGACCUUUGGCUGUGGCAGCGCCAUUGCCUCAAGUAGCUACCUGACCGAGCUCGUCAAGGGCAUGACCCUCGAGGAGGCCGGCCGCGUCAAGAACACCCAGAUCGCCCAGGAGCUCAAGCUGCCCCCCGUCAAGCUGCACUGCAGCAUGCUCGCCGAGGACGGCAUCAAGGCCGCCAUUGCCGACUACUACACCAAGAACCCCAAGGCCAAGACUACCAACCUCGCCGGCACCGGCAAGACCACGCCCCUGGCCGACGCCGCCGCCCCCGUCGCCGCCACCGCCUGA